AUGGCAGUAACUCUACUUCAGUCGCUCAUAUCAGGGUCUCUACCAGAUCACUGCGAGCCUUCUUCGCCAUUUCUGACCGCUAUCUCCUCCCACCUUCACAUCUGCCUACCCACCCCACUCGCGCUGAUCUCGUCCGUGCUCGGCACUCUCAGCAUCGUCUCGUGGCUGUUCGCACAACUGCCGCAGAUCUAUAAGAAUUAUCAGCUGCAGUCAACUUCGGGGUUAUCAAUAUUCUUUCUGAUCAUUUGGUGUGCUGGAGACGCGAGUAACCUCCUCGGGGCACUAUUCACCCGCCAGGCGGGAUGGCAGGUCGUGGUUGCGAGCUACUAUGUCUUGGUCGAUGUCACACUAGUGAUUCAGUUCUUCUGGUACACUCAUUAUAAGUCGCGCCGGUAUGCGGGGUACAACGAGGUGCCAUACCCGCAUGACCACCAUUCUCGAGGCGACGUUCUGCAGGGGGUGGCUUUGUCCGGCGACGAUGCGACCCACCAGGCGCCGGCACCGGUGGAUAUGACGCAGAAGAAGUCGGAGGUUCAGGAUAUGGGUGUGCAGACUGGUUCAACACUCAACUCGAACCUCGGUCGCACGCCGCCAUAUAACACUGAGAAAUUCAGCUCCUCGCGCCGAUCGGUACGAGUGGCCAGCACCUCGACAAGCCCGCCGUUUGCACUGCCCCGGACAAUGCUCAUCGCCUCCUUGGUCUGCGCUGUGGUAGCCAAGGCCAGCCCUGCACACCCCACACCAUCGCCAUUGCCUCACCCACCCAUUUCUCACGCCCCUCGUGAGGCUAUUAUCGAGAUCGUGGGUCGCAUUUUCUCCUGGAUGUCGACCAUUCUUUAUCUCGGCUCGCGGCCCCCACAACUCUAUAAGAAUUACCGCCGCAAGAGCACCGAGGGUCUUUCUCCAUUACUAUUUAUGGCUGCUUUCAGUGGAAACCUCUUCUACUCUUCCUCCCUCCUAACCAAUCCGAAUGCCUGGGCUGAUUUCCCUCCAUAUGGCGGCGGUGGCUGGGCCGAUGGACACGGCAACGACCGGUGGGAGUGGAUCGGGCGCGCAAUUCCGUUUUUCCUUGGUGCAUUUGGAGUACUUGGUUUAGACGGAUUCAUGGGUGUUCAAUUCCUUAUGUACGGUCCUCAGGAUGUCGAUGACGAGAGUGUAAUUGAUGGGGACGAUGAAGAUCCCAAGCGUGGCCGUGGCCGAUGGCGCCGUGUGCGCGGCUGGAUGCGCGGCUGGAUCCCUUCAACUUCUCCCACACGCAGCGAAUGUGAGCGUGAAUUCCUUCCGCAGGAGGGACAAGCUCUCCUUGGCUCAGACCGUGGUCGGUACGGGACUGUCUGA